GCCCUCCGGCUCCGAUCGUUCGAAGUUCUCCUUCGGCCUCUUCUCAAAUUUGCCUGUUUCUUCUCUGAAAAUCUUAGAAUUGCCUUAAACCCUAACUAUUACACUGAGCACAACCUUUGUUUCGUAAAGUUCUGAGUAAAGGAUGCAGCACGACGAAGUGAUAUGGCAGGUCAUCCGCCACAAUCACUGCAGCUUCAUGGCCAAGAUUUCAACGGGGAAUUUCUGCAGAAACCCUUAUAAUGUAACUGGGAUAUGUAAUCGGAGUUCGUGUCCAUUGGCUAACAGUCGCUAUGCUACUAUUCGCGAUCAUGACGGAGUUUUCUAUCUUUAUAUGAAAACAAUUGAAAGAGCACAUAAGCCAAAUGAGUUGUGGGAAAGAGUUAAGUUACCCAGAAAUUAUGAAAAGGCACUGGAAAUUAUAGAUAAACAUCUGAUGUAUUGGCCUAAGAUACUUGUACACAAAACAAAACAACGAUUGACUAAGAUGACCCAAAUGCGGAUACGAAUGAGGAAGCUUGCUCUGAAAACAAGGGAGAAAAUAAUGACAACACCCAGAAAAGAGAUUAAAAGAGAAGCCAGGAGGGAGCAAAAGGCUGAAAAAGCAGCAUUGUUGGAUAAGAGCAUUGAAAAGGAACUACUGGAACGGCUUAAGAAAGGAGUGUAUGGUGACAUAUAUAACUACCCUGUCGAAGCAUAUAAUGAAGUUCUUGAAAUGGAAGAAUUGCAGGCUGCCAGUGAAGAGGAGGAGGAACCUGAAAUUGAAUAUGUUGAAGGGUAUGAAGAAUUAGAAGAAGAAGAAGAUAUGGAAGAUUUUGGUGGUCUUGCAAUCCAUAAUCCAGAAGCAGAUGAAGAUAGUGAUGGAAUAGAUGAAGACCUUGAAGACGUAGACGUUCCUCGCAAGAGAGGAAGAAAGGAGUCUACUUAUUCUUUGAGGAAGGUCGAGAAAGAUGCUCGUGCCAAACUGAAGAAGAAAGCAAAGGUUAUAGUUGAGGUUGAGCACGAAGAUGCUGAUGAGCGCCAAACCACAGUCCACUAGACGUUUUUUUGGCUGUUGUUGUAUAGGAAGGAAGGCUAAGGAAAAGCUCUUUUCCAUGUAACAAGACUGUCUGUCACAUACGAUUCGUUUCUUUGCAAUGGCGACGUUAAGUGGCUCGAGCAGUAAAAGUUUUGGCAAUUCCAUGUAUGGCUUCUACAGAUUGAGAAUUGGAUUUCAUUUACAGGUAUGAAGGGAACACAUUAGAUCGAUCUCAAGGGAACACAUUCAGCAUUUUCUUUCUGUUUAGAGCUCUCCUUAUAUUUCUCAUUUUUGUUUUGGUUUCUGGAACAAACUUCAAAUCCUCUCCUCAAAUCUCUUGUAUUUUAUACAUAAUUUUGAAACUUUCCCCACGCUCCCUCCUA